CUCCUCCCUUCAAGCUUGUCUUCCAACUCCAAACCUGUCUUUCCCUGUGAACUCCACAUGAAGGGAAAUGCUAUAAACAAGGCAAACUGCUUUUGGUCCCCAUUUUGACCAUAUUACUGUAUACAGUCAUUUGGCUUCACCAUGUCUUCUAAUGAGAGUGACAUUAAGGAUGCUCCCUCAAAGAGUGGGGAGCAGGAGCAACAGAACUUGGUGAGCAGAGUGGCCAGCCUGCCCUUGGUCAGCGCUGCUUACGACAUGGUCUCCACCACUUACACGUCCAUCAAAGAGACCCACCCCGUCAUCAGAUCCAUCUGUGACGUGGCAGAGACUGGAGUGAGGACCAUCACCUCUGCUACAGCCAGCGGGGCCCAGCCCGUCCUGGACCAGCAGGAGCCUCAGGCCAGUGACUCUGCCUGCGAGAGCCUGGACAAAUUGGAGGAGAAGCUGCCCGUCCUCCAACAGCCAGGUGACCAGGUGGCCUCUGAUGCCAAAGAGCUAAUAUCAACACUGGAUGCUGUCUGCAGCACAGACACUGGAGUGAAGGAUGUAGUGACCAGCAUGGUGGGUGUGGCCAAGGGGGCUGUCCAGGAGAACAUGGAGGUGACCAAAUCAGCAGACACCAGCAGCAUGAGCACAGUGUUGGGCUCCAGCAUGGGGCAGAUGAUCAUGAGCGGUGUUGACUUGUUACCUGAGACAUCUGAGUCGCUGGUGGAUCACUACCUCCCAAUGACGGAUGAGGAACUUGCUAAACUUGCAGUAUCCUUGGAGGGGUCCGAAGAGGCUCCUGCAGAGCAGCAGUGUUACUACGUGUGUCUGGGUUCCCUUUCGAGCACGCUGCGCCAGCGAGCCUACCAGCACGCCCUGGGCAAGAUGAGACGAGCCAGGCAGCGCACCCUGGAGGCCCUCUCCCAGCUCCAGCAAACCAUUGACCUGAUGGAACAUGCCAAGCAGGCUGUGGAUCAGAAGGCUCAUGAUGGGCAGGAGAAGCUGCAGCAGAUGUGGCUGGAGUGGCACAAGGGCCAGCCAGGAUUCAGUGAGGACAGUGGCUCACCACAGCCAGAGGAGAUGGUGUCCCAGGCUCUAGCCACUUCCCAUAACCUCAUCCUGCAGGUGCAGGCCACCUGCCAUAGCCUCCUGCCCAACAUCCAGGGUCUCCCUGCUGCUCUCCAGGAGAAGGUCCAGCAAGCCUAUGAGAACAUGGGAGAGCUCCAGAUUUCCUUCUCCAAUGUCCAGUCCUUCCAGGAGCUGUCAGAGGGUAUCCUGACCCAGACACGGGAGAAGGUGACCAAAGCCCAGGAGUCCCUGGAUGAGCUGCUGGAAUAUGUGGAGCAGAAUACUCCCCUCACGUGGAUUGUGGGUCCUUUUGCUCCUGCUGGAGACUCUACUGAGAAGGCAGAAGUACUGGCAGAGGCUGAGAAGGCAGAGGCCGAAGUGGUGGAGGCUGUAUAGUGAUCUAAUGCAAUACAUCUCUCUACUGCUCAAAUGGUGCUUAAUGUUCACAGCCAGAAUAGCCCAGCCAUAGUUGGCUUUGGAAUCUGAGUCUUUCUGUUACUUUGCACACUGCCACUGUAUGUCCAGCUGUAUGCACAUAAUGACUCCCUGCAAUGUGUGUAAGGCUGUCUCUCUCUUGCUAGAGCACCUCUGGUGCUCUUGCUGGUGAGGUUUGAGUGGGAAUACCACUCUUUGACGCAGGCCCUAAGCUUUAUGGCCUUAAUGUCUCCUCCAAGGGAAUGGGAAGAGACCUCCAAUCCCUCUAUUUGGGAGACUCCUGUCUCUGACCUUUCAAAGUCCUGGUAGGGCUUCCUCUGGUCUGUCUGAGGGCCUGUCUGUUAGGGGUAUAAAAGGAGUGAGGGUGGGACCUGGUCUGCUUCCUGGUCUUCCUGCCCCUAUUGUGCAAACACCAGACAGGAUAUUGCAGA